UUUUAUUUUGAAGGUAUAUUCGACAAUUUCCUGAUGAUCUCGUCUCGAGUCUGCGCAGUAGAAGCGGAUUAGAACCGGACUCACUUGACGUUUCACGGAGUCUUGGAUGAGAAAUGCUUAUUUUUCCUUUCACUUUUGACUUCUCCGGCAGCACUUCAUUGUAGAGCACAAUGGCUGAUUCAGUGACUUCAGAAGAGCAGAAAUUCUGCUUCCGCGAGGUCCUCGACACUUUCAGGUUGUGUCUCUCACCGAAUAAGGAAGUCUAUCUUGAACAUUAUGUCGCUGGAUGGCGUGGACUUAUAAAGUUCCUGAACUGCUUGGGCAGCGUCUUUAGCUUCAUUUCUAGCGAUGCUGUCAAUAAGAUCCAGAUCCUGGUGAACCACCUGAACAGUGAGAACGGCUCUCACUAUGCCACUGUGCAGUCGAUGGUCAAAUACGAGCUGGAGGCUGAACUUGUGGAUUUGACCAAGAGGGACAAGUACCCGGAGUCAGGCUGCCGCACUCUGCUGAGGCUCCACCGCGCACUGAGGUGGCUGGAGCUGUUCUUGGAGCGCCUCCGCACGAGUACGGAGGACAGCAAAACGUCUGUCAUGUGCUCAGAGGCCUACAAUGAGUCUCUCGCCCAGCAUCACCCUUGGGUGAUCCGUAAGGCAGCAGGCAUGGCGUUCUGCAUGCUCCCUGGACGGCCUGCUUUCUUUGAAGUCAUGAAUGUCGGCUCUCCUGAGCAGGUCGUGGUUGUGCUGGGUGAGGCUCUGCCUCUCAUCUCUGAGGUGUAUCAGAUCACAGAGGACCUGUACGCUCGUCACAACCUGCUCGACUUGCCAUAGAGAGAAACAAGUGCUGUUAUCACCUUUACCAAUAAUUGUUUGCAACUUGUUGACGGGCUGUUGAGCCAGCUGCUACUACUGUUUGUCAAAGAGUUGUGUGUUAUAACUAAGUGUAAUUUUCCUGACUCUGAAUCUACUGUACUGUUUAAAUAUAAAAGGCUGUGUGUUUGUUUAUGGCAUUUUAAUGUUUUUUUUUUAAAUUACCUUUUAAAUGCAGGAUUUCCUUCUUAUAAUUAAAUAUUGAUUUAAAUAGGAAACUACAGCAGGACUCAGAAGUCUUUAUCUUCACUGAUGAAGGUUGUUGUGUUCAUAACUUAUUGACUCAAACAGAACCAAGUUGACAUUUUGUAUUUUGGGAACAUUUUGUAUUUUGCGUUUUAUUCAUUCAUGAGUAGAACUCAUACAUUUGGUUCUCAAACACAAGAAAUGUAUGCUUUUAUUGGGUUUACAUUAGGAAAAAUGGAACAUUUGUAGGUUUUUGUCAAACCAAAGAAGAUAUUAGUUGAUAUGAUUAAUUGUGGCCACGUUUAUAUCUGAAUGAUGCUUUUCUGAAUUUCUCAUACAAGCAUUCAUUUAAAAAUGACUACCUUUGUGCUCCUUUUACACAAUUAUUUUAUUCAUUACUAAACUAUGGAUGAUUGUUUCUUGGUAUACUGUAUUACCACAACACUAAAUUAAUAGGAUGGUCUGUUAGUAAUGAUAAGAAUACAGAUAAAACAUUAUCCUUAAUGGAAGAGUUGCUGUUUUUAAAACAAUCCCUAAACCAUCCAGAUAUGGCAAAAUGAUACCAAAGGGUGUCUGGGAAUUUAAAGUACCAAACAUACACUGAGAUCAUUAUUAUUAUUAAGAACCCCUACAUUUGUACAAAACAUUCAUAAUUUUGCAAUACAAUUACCACACUCUGGGUCGUGUAUUUAAUGUCAAAAUGACAAAAUAUGUUUAUUGCUGAUUAGUUUUAUUCUAUGAAUGAGCUGAUAAUGGGUUAUUCUUUGUUUUGAAUAAUGGAUGUAUUAUUUUACUACAUGUGAAUUAUUCUUAUUACAUGUAUUAUAUUACUAUUCAUGUCAUGAUAUGUAAAUCUCAAUAAAAAAAAUUCCAAACAAAA